UUGCAAAUUCAGAAUAUUCUGUGACUCCUAUACAGUUUCAAGAGAGGUUGUCUUCUUGUCACUGCAAAGAUCAACAAGCAAUUCAAAGAACAAAUUGAAAUUAUUAACACUGAUCAAAAUAAUAAUAAUAUAUAUUCUUAUGCACAUCAUCAUGCUCAUAAUAAUGACUUUAUAAAGUACAUAAUUCACAUCUAACAUUAUUAUUAGCAAUAAUAAUGGGAAAUAUUGGUAAUGUUAUAAAUGGGCUUAAGCCUGCAAUUGGGAUGAUAAUUGUUCAAGUUGCUUAUGCUGGUCUUAGUAUUUUAUACAAAUUGGUUGUAGAAGAUGGUAUGAACAUGAGUGUACUCAUUGCCUAUAGAACCCUAUUUGCAACAUCUUUUGUUGUUCCUCUUGCAUUCUUCAUGGAAAGGAAGAGCAAGCCAAAAAUUACACCAGAUGUUCUCUUUCAAUCAUUCCUUUGUGGAUUAUUUGGGGUAACUUUACAACAAAAUCUGUAUGUGAGGGCAGUGGCAUUUGCAUCAGCAACAUAUGCUUCAACCAUGACCAACCUUAUUCCUGGUGUGACCUUCAUCCUAGCCCUCUGUUUUGGAUUAGAAAGGUUGAAGAUUAGAACAUUAACAGGGAAGGCUAAGGUUAUUGGCACUAUAAUGGGGAUUGGUGGAGUCAUGAUCAUCACAUUCUAUAAGACCAAAGAGAUUCACAUUUGGCCUACACAUCAUGUCAAUAUGAUCAAGCACAACCAAUCACACAUUUCUCCUACUAAUCAAGUUUUGGGCUCUGCUUUUGGUUUUGGAAAUUGUUUAUGCUAUUCUAUGUGGUUGAUCCUUCAGGCUAAGAUGAGUGAAAAAUUCCCCUGGCAAUAUUCAAGUGCAGCAUUGGUGUCAGCAAUGGCAUGUAUUCAAGUAAUUAUAUUUGCACUUUGCAUGGAAAGAAAUUGGAAUCAAUGGAAGCUUGGUUGGAAUAUCAAACUCCUCAGUGUAGCUUAUACGGGAAUAGUGGCAUCUGGAAUAGCUUUGGUUCUGAUUUCAUGGUGUGUGAGAUUAAGAGGUCCACUUUAUGCUUCUACUUUCAACCCUCUUUCUCUUGUCAUAGUUACCAUUGCAGCCUCUUUAAUUUUGGAUGAAAGACUCUAUGUGGGAAGCAUAAUAGGUUCAAUAUUAGUAGUGUUGGGGCUAUACACUGUCUUGUGGGGUAAAGGCAAAGAAUAUGAGAACAUGGCAAAGGAGAAGCUUACAAAAGUAGUCUCAACCAAUGGCCAAACAUUGAAGAUUAUUAUCACAACAAAUAAUCAUAGUGAUAAUAAUAUUAAUAAUGGAAUUGACAUGAAGUUAUCAAGAGAAGGACAACAACAAAAUGGAGUUAAAGAUUGUUCAAGUAACAAAGGAAACCAAGGAAAUGAAGGAAAGGUAACCCCAUUGAACAAUGAGGACUCAAAACCUAGUACCUAGUUCUCAUUCAUCUCUUUCUUCUUUUUCUUUCAUUAUUUAAUUUAUUUUUCGUUUCAAAGAAUGGCAGUGUAAAAAGUUGAUUAACAUCUCUGUUGAUUGAGAUUUGAAUUGUAAUUUGCCACAUAAUGUGAGGGAGUUUUUAGAGGUUAUUUUAAUUUUUUUUCCAA